AUGUUUAUGGAUUUAACAUAUGAACCCGAUCAGAACGAUAGCGGUAUGGAAUCUUUGAUAGCGAGUAAAGAUGAUACUCCUGAACGUAGACCCGAAAAUACAUUCAAUAUCCCUAAGGUCGGAAUAUCGCCAUCCGCAGUAUCUCCUGCAGAAUCUCCUACCGUAAUGUCUCCUACUGCAGGGCCUCUUAAGGAAUAUGACGAUGAACCUGAUGAAAGCCUUUCAGAAAGGUUAUGGGGACUUACGGAAAUGUUCCCCGACUGUGUGCGCAGUGGCACUUACACACUUACAACUAAAACUUGGUCUGGGGUAAAAUCUCUUUAUGGACUGUCCCGCUCAGUUAUGUGGGUAUUGGCUAGUUCAUCUGUGAUUCUUUUUGCGCCUGUCAUAUUUGAAGUGGAAAGAGCACAAGUUGAAGAAAUGCAAAAGUCACAACAAAAACAGGUGUUACUGGGGACUAACACUACUUUAUCAGGGCCCAUGCCAAACAUGCCACCAAUGCCACGAUAA